AAAGAGCGGAAUUCCUCUGUGUCUGUGUGCCGUGUGGAAGAGCGAGCGAGCGAUUAAACAAAUAAAUUCAUCGAGGCAAUAAAGGGGAGGAGAAACCAGGCCCAUGUUCUUGCGCUUGCGGUCGCGACCCUGUACAGAGACUCCCAUACGCCGCUAGCAUCUGCGGAGGAGAUUCAUUCUCGGCUGCGGGCGCCGUUUCAGAUCUGGGUUCCUCAGGUUUGGUGAAGUUAUUUGCAUUCUGACACAACUGAAAAAGUCGAUAGCACUUAAACUCGAAGUAUUUAGAAAUGGAAGAUAGAGUACCAACUUUCUGGGGCCCUGUCACCUCGACACAUGAUUGGUGUGAAGCAAAUUAUGUCUUCUAUCCCUAUAUUGCUGAAUUUUUUAAUACUGUCUCCAAUGUUCCCUGCAUUGUGCUAGCACUAAUUGGUCUAGUGAAUGCACUGAGGCAGCGGUUUGAGAAAAGAUUUAGUGUCCUUCACCUGUCAAAUGUGAUACUUGCCAUUGGCAGUGUGCUGUAUCACUCUACACUGCAGCGGAUGCAACAGCAAUGGGAUGAAACGCCGAUGGUGUGGGAGAUGCUCCUUUAUAUCUACAUCCUCUACUCCCCCGAUUGGCAUUAUCAGAGUACAAUGCCGACUUUUCUGUUCCUUUAUGGAGCAUUAUUUGCCAUUGCACACUCCCAAAUUCGCUUCGACAUUGGGUUCAAGGCGCACUAUGCUAUGCUCUGUCUCCUUUGCAUUCCAAGAAUGUACAAGUACUAUAUCCACACCGAAGACAAAUCUGCCAAACGCCUCGCAAAGUACUACGCGGCAACUCUUUUGCUUGCUAGUUUGUGUUGGCUAGUCGACCGCCUGUUCUGCAAUGUGGUCUCAAACUGGUACUUCAAUCCCCAGGGCCACGCUUUGUGGCACGUUCUCAUGGGUUUCAACUCGUACUUUGCAAACACAUUCCUCAUGUACUGCCGCGCCCAACAGCGUGGGUGGGACCCGAAAGUGAAGCACUUGAUUGGUUUAUUACCUUAUGUGAAGAUUCAAAAGCCCAAAAAACAGUAGAUGCUAGGAAGGAAGACAUGUUUUUGCAGGUUGGCAAAGGUAAAAAAACUUCAGACUUGGUCAUGAUUCUUCAGUUUUGUCUGUUUUUUUGUUUUUUGUUUUGGUUGCUCUUUAAUUGAAGAUUGUAAUAUAAAAUGAUGUUAUAGCUGGGGAGUAACUUUGGUUGGAAGUGGUUAAAGCUGUAAAAUUUAGCAUUUUUUUUGGUUAUGUGGCAAUAUUUUUAUUUAUUUACAUGGCUUUCAACUCAAUUUUUGAGA